AUGGACCGGGGCUCUGUGUUUGACGCCGGGGGCACGCCUACCGAAUGUCAGCGUACAUAUCCUCUGCACUACACUGCAGAACGUAAGAGCUCGUCGGUUGAGCCCCCGAGUCCCCGGUACGCUAUCCCGGCUUUGACGUCUUCAAGCAGCGCGGGGCUGGAAACUUCCGAGGACAGCGGUUCUCACGCGCAGCCUUCUGUUCGGUCUGAGGGGGAAAGAGAAGCGCGCUCAGCAGCCUGUGCUUUGCAGAGACUGAGUUUCGUUAACGAUAGCGGUGAAAACGUUUUGGAAAGGAACUCCUCUGGAGCUUCAAGUGUGACGAGCGCCCCGGACAACCUCACACCAGGUGCACCUAACUCUAACACUUCUAACUCCCGGGAUGUCCGUCCGAGAAAGCCUUAUGUCAAGUCAAAGGCUCGAGAAAAGUGGACAGAAGAGGAGCACCAAAGGUUCGUGGAGGCUCUUCACUUGUUCGAAAGAGACUGGAAGAAAAUUCAGAAGCAUGUGGGAACAAAAACAGUGCUGCAAAUCAGAUCGCACGCGCAGAAAUACUUUCUGCGAAUUCAGAAGCACACAACUGGGGAAUAUAUUCCGCCGCCACGACCCAAAAGAAGGUCAGCAUCUCCGUACCCGCGCAACUCUAAGUCGCCCACUCGAGAGGAGUCACCUGAGGACACCGCACAAAAGGCACAGCUUGUUGAUGAAGACAGGGUACUGCCAGUGGGCAGCGCCGAGUUUAAGCGAUCAAAUAGUGACCCGUAUCAAUCAGCAUCGUGCAGUUAUGCGUCGCCGCUAACUUAUCAGGAAUGUCCCGUGUAUUACUCUGAGGAACUACCACAUUAUGCGGGGCGGCUUCCUACAGAAGCGAAACGGGCAAUGUCUGCGCCCCCGGCAAGUGUGGAAGAAUAUGAAAGAACGCGAUUAAUGAUUGGAAUGCAGCGGGCUGCCUAUGCAACCGACGAAAGACGUCGGAAAUAUGCCGCCUGCACCCAGAGCGCGUACAACCUGCUGUUGUGUUCACAGUCUUGCGGGACCACUGGGAGCUAUCACUCUACUCAGGGUGCCGGCUUCCCGACAGACUCGCUGCAAUGUACUGACAUCAAGGCGGAUGUUCCCUGGGGCCAGGCGCGAGCAUUAGCAGCUCCAGGCGCUUUUAUGAGCAUGAAUGGUCCAGCCCAUCCGUUCAUGCUGCAUCCAAACCGACCCCAGUACGGCUGGACCAACGUACCGUUUCCUCCUACCCAUGUUCAUCCAUGGUACCCCAUUUCUGUCUGUGGAGCAGGCCUGGGUGGGUCCGGAUCCCUGCAAGACUUUUAUUGUUAUGGAUUUGCCAGCACGCGUGCAGCUGCGGCGUGGAAGCCUUCGGGACUGGCUCAGAGUCAAGGCCUCGGGACUGCUUCAUCAUGUGAAAAUAUCCCCCAUCGAGGGCAUGCAGCAGACCAAUGGAGAUAUGCGGGCAGCACGUAUCAGGCUAAGCAGCCUCCGGGAGACGGUUCAGUAUGA